CUGGUCACCUGCACAAUGAUAGAGAAGUCGUGAUGCCCGAGUAAGCUUCUUCCCAGGGAGGUUCAUUUGGCUUCCAUCUCAUUCGAGAGUCACAAUAUCUUCCAAAGUGUUUUUUUUCCCCUUCAUUUGUUGCUCAAGAUGUGUUCGAGUUGUCUCUUUGCUUUAUGGUUUUGUGCCACUGCGAUGGGCGCCGCCAUGGCUGCAACCGGCAACAGCAGAAAUUCAAGCAACAGGCCCAGCGAGAUCAGUAUAGGCGGUCUCUUCACCUUCAAUUCCUACAUCGGGAGGGCCGCGAGACUGGCGAUUGAGCUCGCCGUGGACGAUGUGAACAGGAACCCGAGCGUUCUCGCUGGGACGAGGCUCAAGUUGCAGGCGCAGGACACUAAUUGCAGUGGGUUUCUGGGAACUAUCGAGGCAUUGCAGCUAUUGGAGAAGAAAGUGGUUUCUAUAAUAGGACCACAAUCCUCUGGCAUUGCUCAUGUUAUCUCUCAUGCUGUCAAUGAACUCCAUGUACCUUUGCUCACAUUUGCAGCCACAGACCCUACACUUUCUUCGCUGCAGUAUCCUUACUUGAUUCGUACUACUCAGAGUGACUACUUCCAGAUGAAAGGAAUAGCCAAUCUAAUUAGCAACUAUGGUUGGAGAGAAGUCAUUGCCAUCUUUGUGGAUGAUGAUUAUGGUAGAGGUGGAAUAACCGCUUUAGAUGAUGCUCUAGCUACAAAAAGCUCUAAGAUCUCCUACAAAGCUGCCUUUCCUCCUCAUGCUGAUGCUAACAUGAUCAAUGACCUUCUUGUGAAAGUAAAUCUCAUGGAGUCCAGGAUUUAUGUUGUGCAUGUAAACCCGGAUUCAGGUCUCAGAGUAUUUUCUUUAGCAAAAUCUCUAGGAAUGAUGGCUAGUGGUUAUGUGUGGAUAGCUUCAGAUUGGCUUGCUUCUGUUCUAGAUUCAACUUAUCCACCAAAUUCAGACACCAUGAACCUCAUACAAGGGGUUAUUGUUCUUCGUCAGCAUACCGCAGACUCUGAUCUGAAGACAACAUUCAUGACCAGAUGGAGUCAGAUGGUUAGGAGUGGGAAUGCAAGUUCAAGUUUGAAUACUUAUUCGUUGUAUGCUUAUGAUUCUGUUUGGUUACUUGCUCAUGCAAUUGAUCAGUUCCUCGAAGAUGGAGAGACGGUUUCUUUCUCUGAUGAUCCUAGAUUGCAUGAUGCAAAUGGAAGCUCACUACACUUAACUUCACUCAAGUACUUUGAUGGUGGUGAGCAACUUCUCAAGAAAUUGCAACUAACGAACUUCACAGGUGUGACUGGCCAAGUUCAAUUUGAUCCUGAAGGCAAUUUAAUCCAUCCGGCUUAUGAAAUACUCAAUAUCGGAGGGACGGGUUUACGAACACUCGGGUUCUGGUCGAACUAUUCUGGUCUUUCAGUUGUUGCUCCUGAAGUUCUCUACCGAAAAUCACCAAAUAUUUCCACCAGCAACCAGCGACUCUACAAUGCCAUUUGGCCAGGUGAGACCACAAUUAAGCCGCGAGGGUGGGUAUUCCCAAACAAUGGAAAACAAAUACUGAUUGGAGUUCCUUAUCGUACAAGUUAUAAAGAAUUUGUAUCAAAAGAUAGUAACCCUGACGGUGUAAAAGGCUACUGUAUUGAUGUCUUUAAAGCUGCAAUCAACUUGUUGCCCUACCCAGUUCCUUAUUCAUUCAUUUUGUUCGGAGAUGGCAUUAAGAAUCCUAGCUACAAUGAUCUCAUUGAAAAGGUUUACGAAAAUUACUUUGAUGCAGCUGUUGGGGACAUAUCAAUCGUGACAAGCAGGACAAGGAUUGUUGACUUUACACAGCCAUAUAUUGAAUCUGGCCUCGUCAUUGUUGCACCAGUCAAAGAGAGAUCAUCGAGUCCUUGGUCCUUCCUAAAACCUUUUUCUGUACAGAUGUGGUGUGUCACUGGGGCUUUCUUCCUUUUUGUGGGAACUGUAAUUUGGAUUCUCGAGCAUCGUUCAAAUACUGAAUUUCGUGGAUCGCCAAGACAACAACUUGUGACAAUAUUUUGGUUUAGCUUCUCCACGAUGUUCUUUGCUCACAGAGAGAACACUGUUAGUACACUAGGGCGGUUUGUGCUUAUCAUUUGGUUUUUCGUAGUGUUGAUAAUAAAUUCUAGCUACACAGCAAGCUUAACAUCCAUCCUCACAGUUCAGCAACUCUCGUCAGGGAUUCAAGGACUUGAUAGUUUGAUUGCUAGUUCAGAUCCUAUUGGAUACCAGGUAGGGUCGUUUGCAAAAAAUUAUAUGAUGCAAGAGCUCAAUAUUGCUGAAUCCCGGUUGGUGUCGUUGAAUAACCCUGAAGCCUAUGCAAGGGCACUUGAGCUUGGGCCGAAAAAUGGAGGUGUUGCUGCUAUAGUUGAUGAGCUUCCCUACAUUGAACUCUUCUUGUCCACCAACUGCAACUACAAGACAGUAGGGCAGGAGUUCACAAAAAGCGGAUGGGGCUUUGCCUUUCCAAGAGAUUCACAGCUCGCAAUUGAUUUAUCGACAGCGAUCUUGACACUGUCAGAAAAUGGUGAUCUCCAGAGGAUUCAUGACAAAUGGUUACAACGCACCGGAUGUAGCUCACUCGAUAGUGAAGUUGAUGCUGACCGGCUCAGCCUGGGGAGCUUCUGGGGCCUUUUUCUCAUUUGUGGUGUUGCAUGUUUGGUGGCUCUCAUUGUGUUCUUCAUGAGAAUAUUUUGCCAAUAUAGCAGGUACAGCAGUAGCCAAGAUGAGGAUGCAAUCCUCGAACCGGAACGCAGCUUGAAGCGUCCGAGGCGUUUAACUAGCAUCAAGGAUCUGAUCUCUUUUGUUGAUAAGAAGGAAGAAGAAGUCAAGAAUGCUAUCAAAAGAAAAUUGAGUGAUAAGCAACGACGAAGUUCAGACAUUUCCGAUGGACAAUCCUUAUCGCCAACAUAGGGAGAAUGUACAUGGCAAAUGCCAAAGAUAAAAGUUUGGCUGAUCACUUGAACAAGUGCAUAUACUAUCAUAGGGAAAAUGAAAGCUUAAUUCAAUGGAGAAGGGUGGGAGAACGAUGAAAGUGAGAUUCAAUGUAUAUUUUUAUGCUUUAGGCAUGAAUAAUGUCCCCCCAAGUGAUUUAUUGUGCCUAUGGUAAGUAUCUAGUCAUUUUGGAAAAUCAAUUGAAUAUCA